UUUUAUUUAAUCCGUUCGGAAGGAAUGUCACAACACUGUAGCGUGAUGUGGUUCUCCAAAAAGCAAAAACGAAGGCGGGAAAAACAAUCAGCUGAGACCACAAACUGUAUUGUCCAUGUGCCCUAAAAGUGAAACCUAUACAUCAUUUAUUUAAUUCAGGCUUUUAAAGGGAGUCCUCCUGAAAUUUGGAUCCGGCAGUAAGCAUUCAUUUUCUGAAUACUAGUUUCUAGAUACUAUCAUGAAAAUAGAGCUUGUUGGUGGUGGUGAGGCCACCUGCAAUCUAGUCAAUGUUAAAGUAGAACCUGUGGCACCAAACCCAGAACAAGAAUCCAGCAGUGAUUCAAGUAGCAGAAACACAACACCAGUGGAAGAAGAAGCUAAGCCAGUACUUGAGCAAGUUAAAACAAAAACAAGGGGAGUUAAAGUCAGGUAUGCCUUUGAUGAUGCUGCAGCCAUUGGUGAGGAUGACGAUUUCCUUCCCUCUGGCAACUCAAAAAAGAAACGAAGAACUACUAGCAGGCAUGCCAAAGCAGAAUUGCCGGAUAUUGGUGGCUAUAGGCCAUCCAAGAAGAAAAGGAUCAAUCGUAAAGAUCCUAACCGUUGCCAUGUGUGUCGUCAAAGAUUUGAUGAUCCAAACCUGAAAUAUUUCCCUGGUCCACCUGCUGAUGCUAUUGAAGAAAUUAUAGCUCUAACUGAUCCAUCACUGAGUUUAUUCACUGGUGAAGAAGAAUACAUGUCAGAGUUAGACCAAAGGCCCAUUCUGAAGCUAACGCAGUUCGGCAUUUACGACGAACCUGGUCAUUUGUGCCAUUUAGACGGUGGUGCAAUCGAAGCUAACCAUUUGCUGUACGCUUACGGUUACGUUAAGCCCGUUUGGAAUGAUAAUCCUGGCACAGAUGGAGGUAUUGCGACGAAAGAAAUUGGACCAAUCAACGAGUGGUUCAUUAGUGGCUUCGAUGGCGGAGAGAAAGCCAUCAUGUGUUUUGCCACGUCAUAUGCUGAUUACUAUUUGAUGGCUGCAUCAGAAUUGUACGAACCCAUAAUGAACGAGUUGGAGGAAAAAAUCUUCCUCAGCAAGACCGUCAUCGAACUCUUGAUCGAGGAAGACAAUGCCGAGUAUGAAGAUCUACUUACGAAAUUGCAAAAUUCUUUGAUGCCCAAUGGCACACGUGUUUCGGAAGAUUCCCUUCUGCGCUAUGCUGAAUUUGUCUGCGAUCGCGUAUACCAUUUCGACGCUGCUGGAGCGGAAGACGAGCCACCACUUAUUCUCAGCCCGUGCAUGCGCACCUUAAUUCAGUUAUCUGGUAUUACUCUUGGUAAAAGAAGAGCCACGCGAAAAUUGGAGAAGAGGCGUCAACCAAAAGCCAAAAAAGGGCCCAACUGGACGAAAGCCACGACUACGCCAUUAGUUGGUUACGUCUUCGAAAGCUUUUUUCGUGAUCAGAUGGAUCAAGGUGAAGACAAAUUCGGACCCACCUCAGCCCCUCGCCGCACCCGCUGCGGUAUUUGCGAAGCUUGUCAGCAAACAGACUGCGGUAAAUGCAAUUUCUGUCGAGACAUGGUGAAAUUUGGCGGUUCAGGUCGUAGCAAACAAAGUUGCGCUUUACGUAAGUGUCCAAAUAGGGCUGUUCAAGUGGCCGAUGAUGAUGACGAGCUGGACGCUGUCCUUGAUUCGGAAAUUGAGGUGGUGAGCCUUGAUGUCGACCACAAGAAGCCAGUGAAACGCCACGCCUACGAUAUUGAAUGGGACGGACCUGAACUGAAAGUUGUCGAUGGUUUAACUUUCUAUUCAGCUGCGAUCGUUAACGGUGACAUGCGCGUCUUCUCUGGUGGCCACGUUACCAUCGAGCCAGAUGACCCUAGUAUACCCAUGUACAUUGCCGAAGUGGUCGCAUUAUGGGAAGAUGGUAAGAGCGGAGAACAAUUCUUGCAUGCCCGAUGGUUCUGCCGCGGAACUGAUACCGUUCUCGGAGAAACAUCUGACGACCCCAGAGAACUUGUUUUGAUUGAAGAUUGCGAAGAUCUACUUUUGUCUGCUGUCGUUAAGGUAGUUAACGUCAAGUACAAACAACCUGAUCCUAUCAAAUGGAAAGCAGAAGGUGGGUCAGAUGAUCCAUCUUUAUUCCAAACAGAAGACGAUCAUUCCGAUACUACCUUUUGGUAUCGCUAUCUCUAUCACGGCCGGACGGGGCGCUUCGAAGAUCCACCCGAAUGCCCGGAUGUAGUAAACAAUAACAAAGGUUGUUACUGCUGUGAUCGUCUGGAUCGUAUCCGCCAACGUGACUGUGCCAAAUUAGGGAACAAAUUGGAUUCUGGCGGUUUUGAUAGCGUUGCCUGGCAUGAAAUGGACAUCAAAGUCGGUGAUGCUGUCUUCCUGGAACCUGGUGCUUACGUCAUGCGAGGUCCGGAUGGCCUUGUUGUUAAAAAGGAAAAAAUUGAUCCAGAAGAAGAAGAAGAAGGCUUUGGGGAUGAUUACGACGAAGAGUAUUACCCAGAAAAGUAUCGAAAAACAGAUAACAUCAAGGGGUCAAAUAAUGACACACCUGAUCCGUUCUGCAUUGGCUAUGUUGUUGGUGUCGUUUACAAUGGAAUCAUCCACAACAAUUUGAAUGCUCGUGAAGUUUGUUUGAAAGUUAAGCGUAUCUAUCGCCCAGCAGACACCCAUUUGGGUCGCGAUGCAGGUUUUCGCUCUGACUGGAAUUUGGUCUACUGGUCGGAUGAGAUACAUAAUAUGGAAUUAUCCAAGGUUGUAGACAAGUGUGUCCUUGUGUGCAGUACUGCCAUUGAUGAACCCAUCGAAGAGUUUGUCCGUUCUGGGCCUAAUCGCAUGUAUUUCAAUAAGGCCUACAACCCGGCUGAGCGGGAAUUUGAGCCGCCGCCUGUUGAAGCUGAGCGAAUAGGCUCCAGUUCUAAAGGUAAAGGUGGAAAGUCGCUCAAAAGUGCAAAAACAAUUCAACCACUAUACCCGUCAUAUCCUAAAAUUGAGCCGCUCAAGACACUGGACAUUUUUGCCGGUUGCGGCGGAUUAUCCGAAGGCCUACACCAGUCGGGCGUAGCGAAGACCUACUGGGCUAUUGAGUCUGAGCCUACGGCAGCCCAAGCUUUCCGGCUUAAUAAUCCUGACGCUGCCGUCUUUACUGAUGAUUGCAACACUAUCCUGAAAAUGGCAAUUGAUGGCCAUUUGGAACAAAAUGGACAAUUGCUUCCACCAAAAAAUGGCGUCGAAUUGCUUUGUGGAGGUCCACCUUGUCAAGGUUUCAGCGGCAUGAAUCGCUUCAAUUCUCGACAAUAUUCAUCAUUCCGUAACUCUUUAAUUGUAUCUUACUUGAGUUACUGUGACUACUAUCGCCCGCGAUUCUUUAUCCUGGAGAAUGUGCGCAACUUUGUUUCAUUCAAGCGUAACAUGGUGCUGAAACUAACGAUGCGCUGCCUCGUUCGCAUGGGCUAUCAAUGCACCUUUGGAGUUCUACAAGCCGGCAACUACGGUGUGUCUCAGACGAGGCGACGAGCUUUUAUUUUAGCAGCUGCACCCGGUGAAAAGCUUCCUUUGUAUCCCGAGCCUACCCACGUCUUCAGCCGCCGAGGGUGCCAACUAUCUGUAGCUGUGGGCCGCGAUAAGUUUUACUCAAAUUGCCGCUGGCUGUUAUCCGCUCCAUAUCGCACCGUCACUGUUCGUGACGCCAUGUCUGAUUUACCUGAAAUCCCUAACGGAGCUAAACAGGAAGAAAUAUCGUACGGAGGUGAUCCGCAAUCCCAUUUUCAGCGCUGGAUGCGUGGUACAGAUUCAGAAUCUUCCGGCGUCCUUCGGGAUCACAUUUGCAAAGAUAUGGCGCCAUUAGUGGAAGCCCGUAUAGCUUUCAUUCCGUCCAAACCGGGCUCGGAUUGGCGUGAUUUACCCAAUACGGAAGUACGGCUGAAAGAUGGCGUUUCGACUGUCAAACUUCGUUAUACACAUGAAGACAAGAACGGUCGAUCUUCAAGCGGCGCAAUGCGAGGUGUUUGCUCGUGCGCUGAAAGCCGACAGUGUGAUCCAUUAGACAAGCAGCACAACACAUUAAUUCCGUGGUGUCUUCCGCAUACUGGAAACCGCCAUAACCAUUGGGCUGGACUGUAUGGUCGUCUCGAAUGGGAUGGAUUUUUUUCAACUACUAUUACUAACCCAGAGCCCAUGGGCAAACAGGGUCGUGUGUUGCAUCCGGAGCAGCACCGCGUAGUUAGUGUACGCGAGUGUGCUCGCUCGCAAGGUUUUCCAGAUUCGUACCGCUUCUUUGGAAACAUUACUGACAAACAUAGACAAGUAGGUAAUGCUGUGCCACCCCCACUGGCCCGAGCUAUUGGCCUGGAAAUCCGCAAAUGUGUUUUUGAAACCGACUCGAAAAAGAAAAAAGAGCCCCUCACAGUCGUCGAGAUUUAAACCCCGUUUUUCGUUAAAUUGUUUUAUUUAUGGUGCCUUUUACGCAGUUUUUGUCGAAAACACGUCCUCCAUUUUAGAUAUUAGCCAAUGCCUACUGAUAGUAGUCCUUCGCUUAUUAUUUUAUUAUUAUUUUUUUUUUACAAAUUAAGCCACAUUUUGUGAAUUUUCUUUUUAAUUUUCAAAGUGUGUAUGGAUUUCUUCUCAUGUAAUAUUAAUUAUCAGAAUUGA